AACGGCCUUAAUUCUACUUGGCGUCAGCUCUUGAUGAGCAAACGACAUUUGUCUGUCAAAACAUUUUCAGCAGACGUGGGAUAGGUGUUCAAAUCUCCAUGUAUUGAAAAUAUCAGGCAAUUAACGCCCAGUAUACUGUAGGUGCCUGCAGCUAACAAUGUCCGUCAACAUCCCGUGUCUGGUUGCUGUCAUCAUCCUCUACAUCCUCAUCCUCAUCAUCGGCAUCGUCGCUGCCAGGAAGACAAACAAGGCCAAGGAUGCAGAGGAAGUGAUGAUAGCCAAUCGCAACAUUGGGUUGUGGUUAGGGUUGUUUACAUUAACAGCGUCAAACAUAUGUGGAGGGUACAUCAAUGGAACAGCCGAAUACGCCGCCUUCUAUGGGCUCUUACAAACUCAGGCCCCAGUGGGUUACUGCAUUGGAAUUGUCCUAAGUGGUUUGUUCAUGGCGCCUAAAAUGAGACGCGAGAAAUACGUCACACUCUUUGACCCGUUCCAGUUGAAAUACGGCAGGAAGAUGGGGGCGCUGUUGAUCAUACCUCACAUGGUGGGGGAGCUAUUCUGGUCGGCCUCUGUCUUGGCGGCUUUGGGAGGGACAAUAUCGAUUAUUGUGGAUAUCGAUCCUACAAUCUCAAUCAUCGUGUCCUCGUUGAUCGCUAUAGUCUACACGUUCCUUGGUGGUCUGUACGCUGUGGCCUACACUGACGUCAUACAGAUGGUGCUCAUCGUCAUAGGUCUGGUGCUGGCCUGUCCAUUUGCCGUCACCAGCGAGCACGUCCACUUUGAGAACAUAACAACAUCAGCCUGGCUGGGGGAGGUGGGGGCGGGGACGGAGCUGGCCUACCUGGACACCCUGUUGCUGCUGUCGUUUGGUGGCACCACCUGGCAGCCUCUAUAUCAGCGAGGUUUGCUUGUUCAUGUUUCAGCCUCUAUAUCAGCGAGCCUCUAUAUCAGCGAGUUCUGCCUGUUCAUAUUUCAGCCUCUAUAUCAGCGAGUGUUGGCCAGUAAAAAUAUCCGAGUGGCCGUGUUGUCGUGCUAUGGUGCUGCUGUUAUAAGUCUGGUUCUGGCCAUCCCACCAAUGGUUCUGGGCUACGCAGGGGCUGCAGCAGACUGGAACAGCACAACGUACGAGGGGCCGCUGCCAAUACCAGACGACAGGAAGAGUUACAUUCUACCCAUGACCUUGAACUAUCUUGUGCCACUUCCGGUGUCUAUUAUUGGCAUGAGCGCGAUCUGCGCAGCGGUCAUGUCGUCAGCCGACUCCUGCUUCCUGUCGUCGUCCACCAUCUUUGCUAAGAAUAUUUACAAAGAUAUUCUUCGGAGAAAGGCGACAGACCGAGAACUGAUGUGGGUGCUCCGUGUUUGUAUCAUCCUGUUUGGGGUGCUGGGCACGUUGGUCGCCGUCUUCGCCACCACCAUCUACGGCCUGUUUGUUCUAGCCUGUGACCUGAUGUACGUGGUGCUAUUCCCACAACUGGUGUGUGUCCUGUGGGUGCCUUGGGCCAACACCUAUGGCAGCUUUGCCGGGUUUCUCGUCUCAUUCCUACUGCGGAUCUUGUCUGGUGACGCUGUGCUACAAAUUCCAGCGGCGAUUAAGUUCCCUUUGUAUGACUACAGCACUGACUCGCAGUUAUUUCCCUUUAGAACUCUGGCCAUGCUGUCCGGGCUGUUCUGUAUCCUGGUCUUCUCCGGACUGACCCACGUCCUGUUCACCAGAGGUCACCUGGACGUCAGGUAUGACGUCUUUAAAUGCCACCGGAAACGAACCCACCAAAAGAAGGAUCUGGCAGAAAUGGACGUCUCGUCCAAUCUGAAAGAGGAGCUCAUUAACGCUGUUAAAAGUUAAUUAUAUCUUAUGUAAACAUCAAUUAAAACAUCACCAUUUAACAAGGUCAUGAUA